CUAUCUUGGCAGUGUGAGGUUUGCAGGCUUUGGUUGUGGUUGUGACAGCGCAGUGGGCGGGAUUAUACCUCAGAUCAGGGGAGAGAGUCUAGUCUUUGGUGAGACUGAGGGGGAGUUAAAGAGAGAAAGGGAGCUGGGGUGCUCUUCAGAGGACGGAAUCUGGAUGCAUGGUGAUCUCUGGCUCUGUGGGUGAUCCUCAGUCACCAUGAAAGAAUAGGAACUCAGCUCUCCCAGGGAAAUGGCUUGUUUCAUAAUAUCCCUUCUACCUGGCAUAUGACUCCAGCUGCCUGUGAAGGGCCUGUUGGCUGUUUAUGGGAACUGUCACUGUGUUCACACUCUUGAGGAUUUAAGAAUUUCCAGGACAGCCCUUUUUUUUGGGUCUUUUUUAAACCCCUGCUGUCAAGUCAAAGCAGCAACACUUUGCAAUAGACUGGGGAGGCAGUAAGAAGAUGGCGAACAACUCGUACAGUGGGGUGAAGAACUCCAUAGUGGAGGCCAACCAUGAUGGAGAGUUUGGCUGCACACUAAAAGAACUACGUGGGUUAAUGGAACUGAGGAGCGCUGAGGCAGUAACCAAAAUUGCGGAAUAUUAUGGGGAUAUUCAAGGACUCUGCAACCGGUUAAAAACAUCACCAAUAGAUGGUCUAAGCGGACAGCCUGCAGAUAUUGAGAAGCGGAAAACAGUGUUUGGGGAAAAUCUUAUACCUCCCAAAAAGCCUAAAACGUUCUUACAGUUAGUGUGGGAGGCACUACAGGAUGUCACGCUGAUUAUCCUUGAAGUGGCAGCCAUAGUUUCACUAGGCCUUUCUUUUUAUAAACCUCCAGAUGCAGAGAGGGAAAACUGUGGAAAAGCUGCUGGUGGUGGUGGGGAUGAAAAUGAGGCAGAGGCCGGGUGGAUCGAGGGUGCCGCCAUUCUUCUGUCAGUUAUCUGUGUGGUGCUGGUAACAGCAUUCAAUGACUGGAGUAAAGAAAAGCAAUUUAGAGGCCUCCAGAGCCGCAUUGAGCAGGAACAGAAAUUUACUGUCGUCCGUGGAGGACAAGUUAUUCAAAUUCCUGUGGCAGAGAUUGUGGUUGGGGACAUUGCACAAGUAAAAUAUGGUGACCUCUUGCCUGCUGACGGAGUCUUCAUCCAAGGCAAUGAUCUGAAGAUCGAUGAAAGCUCACUCACAGGGGAGUCUGACCACGUCAAGAAAACAAUAGAAAAAGAUCCAAUGCUGUUAUCAGGCACCCAUGUAAUGGAAGGCUCAGGGAAAAUGUUGGUCACUGCUGUGGGUGUCAACUCUCAAACUGGAAUUAUCUUCACUUUACUCGGAGGCGGGGAAGAGGAUGAUGAUGAGGAAGAGGAAAAGAAAAAGGAGAAGGAAGAGAAGAAGAAACAGAAAAAAAAUAAGAAGCAGGAUGGUUCUGUAGAAAAUCGAAAGAAAGCUAAAGCCCAGGAUGGUGCUGCAAUGGAAAUGCAGCCUCUGAACAGUGACGAAGGAGCAGAUGCAGAGGAGAAGAAGAAAGCCAACCUGCCAAAGAAAGAGAAGUCUGUUCUCCAGGGAAAACUGACCAAACUAGCAGUACAGAUUGGAAAAGCAGGUCUGGUUAUGUCAGCCAUCACUGUUAUUAUCCUGGUGGUGCUGUUUGUAGUGGAUACCUUCUGGAUCCAGAAUCUAUCCUGGGUUAAGCAGUGCACACCUGUUUACAUUCAAUUUUUUGUGAAGUUCUUCAUCAUUGGUGUCACUGUUCUUGUGGUCGCUGUUCCCGAAGGCCUGCCACUUGCUGUAACAAUCUCCUUAGCGUAUUCUGUUAAGAAAAUGAUGAAGGAUAACAAUCUGGUGCGUCACUUGGAUGCCUGUGAGACUAUGGGAAAUGCUACUGCCAUCUGUUCUGACAAGACUGGUACACUCACCAUGAACCGCAUGACUGUGGUGCAGGCCUACAUCGCUGAAAAGCACUACAAGAAGGUCCCUGAACCAGAGAACGUCCCCUCCUCCACUUUAGACAUCCUGAUUCUGGGCAUUGCAGUCAACUGCGCCUACACUACUAAAAUCAUGCCUCCAGAGAAAGAAGGGGGUCUGCCACGACAGGUGGGUAACAAGACCGAAUGUGCCUUGCUCGGCUUUUCUACUGAGUUAAAACGCGACUACCAGGCUAUCCGCAACGAGAUUCCUGAAGAGAAACUCUACAAGGUCUACACUUUCAACUCAGUUCGCAAGUCUAUGAGCACUGUGUUAAAGAUGGCUGACGGCAGCUACCGUAUGUUCAGCAAAGGAGCCUCAGAAAUUCUCCUAAAAAAGUGCUAUAAAAUCUUGACAGCUAAUGGUGAGCCAAAGGUGUUCCGCCCACGGGACAGAGAUGACAUGGUUAAGAAAGUGAUCGAGCCCAUGGCCUCGGAGGGCUUGAGAACAAUCUGCCUUGGAUACAGAGAUUUUCCUGCUUCUGAUGGGGAGCCUGACUGGGACAAUGAAAAUGAUAUCCUCACUGGACUAACCUGCGUCUGUGUGGUUGGCAUUGAAGAUCCUGUUAGACCAGAGGUUCCAGAUGCUAUCAGGAAAUGCCAGCGUGCUGGCAUCACCGUGCGGAUGGUGACUGGGGACAAUAUCAACACAGCUCGAGCCAUCGCCACCAAGUGUGGCAUCCUACAGCCUGGAGAUGACUUCCUCUGCCUGGAGGGAAAAGAGUUCAAUCGCAGGAUACGCAAUGAAAAGGGAGAGAUUGAACAAGAACGCAUUGACAAGAUCUGGCCCAAACUUCGAGUAUUGGCUCGCUCUUCCCCCACAGACAAACACACCUUAGUCAAAGGUAUUAUUGAUAGCACAGUGGCAGAACAGAGACAAGUAGUAGCAGUGACAGGAGAUGGUACGAAUGAUGGUCCUGCCUUGAAAAAAGCAGAUGUUGGUUUCGCCAUGGGCAUUGCUGGAACAGAUGUUGCUAAGGAGGCAUCUGACAUCAUUCUGACUGAUGACAACUUUUCCAGCAUCGUUAAAGCUGUCAUGUGGGGUCGAAACGUCUAUGACAGCAUCUCCAAGUUCCUUCAGUUUCAGCUAACGGUCAAUGUGGUGGCUGUCAUUGUAGCAUUUACAGGAGCGUGCAUCACACAGGACUCUCCACUGAAAGCUGUACAGAUGUUGUGGGUCAACUUGAUCAUGGACACUUUUGCUUCACUAGCUCUGGCCACAGAGCCCCCUACAGAAGCCCUGCUGCUAAGGAAGCCAUACGGCCGCAACAAACCUCUAAUCUCCCGCACCAUGAUGAAGAACAUCCUGGGUCAUGGAGUUUAUCAGCUAGUUAUCAUUUUUACAUUGCUCUUUGCUGGAGAGAAAUUGUUGGACAUUGACAGUGGCAGGAAUGCACCCCUCCAUGCCCCACCCUCAGAACACUACACCAUUGUCUUCAAUACCUUUGUAAUGAUGCAGCUUUUCAAUGAGAUCAAUGCCCGUAAGAUCCACGGUGAAAGGAAUGUCUUUGAAGGCAUCUUCAACAACCCAAUCUUCUGUAGUAUUGUCUUGGGUACCUUUAUUAUUCAGAUUGUUAUUGUGCAGUUUGGAGGGAAGCCAUUCAGCUGCGUGGCUCUGACGGUUGACCAGUGGCUGUGGUGUACUUUCUUAGGCUUCGGCUCUCUUCUGUGGGGACAGGUUAUUUCUUCAAUACCCACCAGCCGCUUAAAAUUCUUGAAAACAGCAGGCCAUGGCACCCAAAAAGAGGAGAUCCCAGAUGAAGAGUUGGAGGAGCUGGAGGACAUGGAUGAGAUCGACCAUGCUGAACGGGAGCUUCGUCGAGGCCAGAUCCUGUGGUUCCGAGGCCUCAAUCGCAUCCAAACUCAGAUUCUGUGAAAUGUGUCAUGGGCUAUACUCAAAGGUUUACUACCAUUGAACACAAGGUAGCACCGCGCUCUGCAUGGGUUCAAAGUCUCUGGUCUCGUUUGUGAGUUUUCUCUCUUUGUGCUGUUUUUGACAUGUAUACCAGCUUGUAGACAUGCUUGGCUGCUGCAGCUUUCUUUCUUUUUGUUUUUGUUUUUUUAAACUCCACAAGCAUAAGCUAUAACUGACCACCCCUCUUUUUGUCUUUCUGUCUCUCUCCUCUUUCUGCCUCUCAUUCGCAGCCUUUACUUUGUCUCACUCUCUCUUUCUGUCUCUCUUCCACUCCUUUCUUUUCUUACUCUCUUUGUCUCCAUCUGUCCUUUUCUCCAGCUGUCCUUACUUUUUGAUCAGCAUGCCCAACAACAGUAAUUUCUUGUGUCCAGCUUCUAUCCCUUAUUUUCUCUUUUGGUGUGUUCUUGUAGAAAGAACACCAUUCCCCUCAUUUCAUUUAUUUAUUUAUUUUGGUUCCCUUUUGCAUUUUAAUUAAUCAGACACAGGCCUCUACCAAGUGUUUUGUGAAAUACUAAUACAAAAAAACACAUUGCAUCAAGUUUGACACUGGUUUGUACUCUCCCUGAGAUAUUGACCGAUUUCCUGAGGUUGCUUUUUAAUUACUCUUAAGACUAGUUUCAAGUUUUGUCUCCAACAGAUUUAGGUUUUCUGUCUCUCAGAAAGUCUUUAAUAUUCAACCAGCAUUCGAUUUUCACACUUCGCACAUUUGAUCAGUCCAGCCCAUCAGAUUGCAAUUGAAAGCCUUUUAUGGAACAGUGAUGGCUUGAAGCGUUAUAUUUUCAUUCUCUCCUUCUGUACCAAAUAGGGCAUAAAGAUUAAAUCACUGUGCAAUUGCGAAAUAAAAUGCAGUACUUCAUAUGGCAGCUUGGAGGCUGGUUCAAAAAGCAAGUGAAUGCACAUAGUUUAUGAACAAUCCCCAAUUUUAGGGAAGAAAUAAACAUGUUAAUAAGCUGGUACAAAGACCAGAUCAGAUUUGAACUGUUCUCCCUGUCACAGUAACUGUACGAGGCUGUUUACCAUUGUAAGGCUGGUUUGAGUGGGCUUUAUGCAUUACCCAGACAAUAUCAAAGUUAUUGGCUUGGCUGACACCAAAAUCUGCGUUUGUGCAGUUAGCUCAAAGUCUUUCUGUGAGUGGAAUUUAUUAGCACCAAUUAACAGGCAUCUGAUCUGUGCAAUGCAUCCACACAGUCUGUAGAUGGUGCUGAUGUAGCUGGGUUUGUUUAGCUUAUACCGUGCCACUUCACCCACUCCUCCUUUCCUUACUUCUGACUUCACAAAACAAGAUUUGAUCCCAAACAAAGCUCCAAAAUGCAGCUCCCAUCAAGUGCAUACAACUGUCCAAAUUCAUUAGCUUAAUUCCAUUGUACCUGUUACUAUGGUACAGCUA